AUGCCAAUGUUAUACAAGCCAGCUGCUGAGGGUAAGGCCGUCAGACCUCCUCAAAUUCCUUCCCCAGGAAACAACUCUUUCUUAGGUGACACAUUCACAUCUGAUGCUCCAAAGGAACAACAAAUGUCUUGUGGAUUCUACAAGCAGGAAAAGGGUGAACCAUUGGUCUACACUUACACUUAUGAUGAGAUGAAGGUCAUUUUGGAAGUCGAAGGAGAAUACACCAUCACCGACGAGACUGGAUACCUGGUUUCCGUAUCGCCUGGAGAUGUGUUUUACUUCAAGAAGGGAACCACUAUCACUUUCAAAACCACUGGUUACGGUCUUGCUUUCUUUACUGGCUUGAGACCAAAUGGAGAGGCCUAA